AUGUGUUUCUUUGGUGUUUGCGACAACAGAUUUUCAAUAUACCGUUUGCAUGCUGAUGCCCCUUCCUGUUCAAUCUCGUACUUUUUACAGCCAGCUAAAUUUCCUCAAGACGUCGCCAAAGAAUUGGCAGAAACAGCCGCUAAAAUUGCAUCUCCAGGAAAAGGAAUUCUGGCCGCUGAUGAAUCGACAGGAACCAUCGGAAAGCGUUUCGAGAAGAUUGGAUUAGAGAAUACAGAACCCAAUCGAGCAGCUUAUCGCGAACUGCUUUUCACAACCAAGGGACUUGGAAAAUUUAUCUCUGGCGCAAUUCUCUAUGAAGAGACAUUGUUCCAGAAUGCUAAGAAUGGAACAUCCAUGGUGGAACUCAUGAAAUCCGAAUCGAUCAUUCCUGGUAUUAAAGUGGAUCUUGGUGUCGUUGCGCUCCCAGGAACUGACGAUGAAAAAGCGACUCAAGGGCUUGACAAACUGGCAGAUCGUUGCAAAAAGUAUUACGAAGCUGGAGCGCGUUUUGCUAAAUGGAGAGCCGUUCUUUCAAUCGACCCUGUGAAGGGAAAGCCGAGCGAUCUCUCAAUCGCUGAGACAGCACACACAUUGGCGCGGUACGCAGCAAUCUGUCAAUCUUGUCGUUUGGUCCCAAUUGUCGAACCGGAACUCCUCGCUGAUGGAACUCACUGCAUCGAAACAUGUGCUGAUGCCACUGAGCGAACGUUAGCCGCCGUGUUUAAAGCUCUUAACGACCACAACAUUCUCCUGGAAGGCUGCCUCCUGAAGCCCAACAUGGUGACGCCUGGUCAAAGUGCUUCGAAGCAAUCUACUCCAGAAGAGGUUGCAUUCUAUACAAUUCGGACUCUUCGUCGAACUGUUCCACCGGCACUUGUUGGAGUUAAUUUCCUCUCUGGCGGACAAUCUGAAGAAGAUGCUUCUCUGAAUCUGAAUGCAAUGAACAAAGUUGGACCACAUCCUUGGUCUCUCUCCUUCUCGUUCGGGAGGGCAUUGCAAGCUUCCUGUUUGAAAGCGUGGGGCGGAAAGUCAGAGAACCUUGUGAAAGGGCAAGAAGCGUUGCUUGCGAGAGCGAAGGCGAACGGGGAAUCCCAGCUGGGAAAAUAUGAAGGGGGUCAAGGCGGAAAAGACUCUGGUGCUAGUCUGUUCGAAAAAGGAUACGUUUACUAA